CCAGCCACCAAUCAAACAUCCUGCUUUGCUCAACUGAAUCUGCGUGAAAUUGCUGUUAUUUAUAUGCAAUAAACUUCAAAAUACAGCAGAGAAUUCCAGAAGUGAAAAGAUCCAGGAACAAAAGACAGAAAAGUGCUCAAUAGUCAUGGAUAAAAUGAAAGACUUGAGUCUGAAAGACACAAUUACCCGAUGUGAGUUAGUUGAUGUGGAAGGUGUUCCCCUCACAAAACCAAUGGGCAUCACAUGGGAUCAAGUACAAAAGUUCAAAGCCAGACCUGACGAUGUGUUCAUUGCAACCUAUGCAAAAGCAGGUACCACAUGGACACAGGAGAUAGUGGAUAUGAUUCAAGAAAAUGGAGAUACUGAGAAAUGUAGACGUGCAACGACUUACAAACGCCAUCCUUUCCUUGAGUGGUUUAUUGCAGAGCCUCCAUCUGAACGUUACUCAGGUGUAGAGUUAGCUAAUGCCAUGCCAUCUCCAAGAACAAUAAAAAUUCAUCUGCCUGUGCAGCUGGUGCCUCCCUCCAUCUGGGAACAAAACUGUAAGAUAAUCUAUGUGGCAAGAAAUGCAAAAGACAAUGUGGUGUCAUACUACCACUUCCACAGAAUGAACAAGGCUUUGCCUGAGCCAGGAACCUGGGAGGAGUUCGUGGAGAAAUUCAUGUCUGGACAAGUGCUCUGGGGUUCCUGGUAUGACCAUGUAAAAGGAUGGUGGAAGGCCAAAGAUAAGCACCGUAUUCUCUACCUCUUCUAUGAAGACAUGAAGGAGAAUCCAAAGCAAGAAAUUCAGAAGAUUGCGAAGUUCCUGGAGAAGGACUUGAGUCAGGAGGUUCUAAACAAGAUAGUCCAUAACACCUCAUUUGAGGUAAUGAAGGAAAAUCCCAUGGCAAACUACACUAAAGAUUUUCAGGGAAUAAUGGAUCACUCCAUUUCCCCAUUCAUGAGAAAAGGGGCUGUUGCAGACUGGAAGAAUCAUUUCACUGUAGCACAGAAUGAGAAAUUUGAUGAAGAUUAUAAGAGGAAAAUGUCUGAUACCUCUCUUGUUUUUCGCAUGGAAUUGUGAUUAUUUGCAAUGGGAAUUAAUGAUCUUCAGCCUUUUCCAUGUCACAUAUUUUGCUUCACAAAAUGCCAGCAUCCCUAGGAUUUCCAUCUAUCUUCAUACCCCACUGAUUAUGCCAAAGUUUAAGCCUCCCCGAAAAAAAUAAUUCCACUGGAUACUUCUUAUGCAUUCCUCCCACAGUAACUUUCAGCGUUAAUAAAAAUAUUUCACACA